GUGAGGAAGAGGAGGAUGGCUCUGGAGGCGCAGGCAGAGCAGCAGCUGAGGACAGAGACCAGGGAGGACAAAUCCCCGCGGCAGAACCUCAUGCAAGAGGCCGUUUGCAGUGGUUCCAUGGGGCAGGAAUCCAACGAGAAGGUAGAGCACCGGAGAUCCCGCACCAGGAGGGGCUUCAGACACAGAUCCCAGGGAUCCCAGGAGGAACUACCCAGCCUGGGCCAGGGAGGCAGCUGGAGGUGCAGCCAGAGCUUGGAGCUGAGGGUUCAUGAGCAGCUUCACGAUGGAGAGAAGCGUCACAAGUGCUCAAAAUGUGGAAAGAACUUUAGGUGGAGAUCCAAUCUGAGUGUUCACCAGAAAAUCCACACAGGGGAACGGCCCUGCGAGUGUCAGGAGUGUGGGAAGAGCUUCAGGACAAGCUUUCACCUGAUUGUCCACCAGAGGAGUCACACUGGGGAGAGACCCUAUGAGUGUAAUAAAUGCAGGAAGAGGUUUAGAAGCAGCUCUGAUCUUUUCAGACACUAUCACAUCCACACAGAUGAAAGGCCCUUCCACUGCCCCGACUGUGGGAAGGACUUCAAGCAAAACUCCACCCUCAUCAGGCACCGGCGCAUCCACACUGGAGAGAAGCCCUACGAGUGUGAUAAAUGCAGGAAGAGGUUUCAGACCAGUUCCAGUCUCCUCAAGCACCAGCGCAUCCACACUACAGAGAGGCCUUAUGAGUGUGAUAAAUGCUGGAAGAGAUUUCAGACGAGCUCCAGUCUCCUCCUGCACUAUCGCACUCACACAGAGGAGAGGCCCUUCCGCUGCCCUGACUGUGGGAAAGACUUAAAGCAAAACUCCACCCUCAUUAGGCACCAGCGCAUCCACACUGGGGAGAGGCCCUACAAGUGUGAUAAAUGUGGUAAGACGUUUCACACCAGCUCCAAUCUCCUCCUGCACUAUCGCAUUCACACAGAUGAGAGGCCGUUCCGCUGCCCCAACUGUGGGAAGGGCUUCAGGCACAACUCCAGCCUCGUCAUCCACCGGCGCAUCCACACCAGGGAGAGGCCCUAUGAGUGUGAUAAAUGCAGGAAGAGGUUUCAGACCAGCUCCAAUCUCGUCACACACUAUCGAAUUCACACAAAGGAGAGGCCUUAUGAGUGUUCUGACUGCGGGAAGGGCUUCAACCGCAACUUCACCCUCAUCAGGCACCGGCGCAUCCACACCGGGGAGAGACCCUACGAGUGCCCUGAGUGUGGGCAGAGCUUCUCACAGAGCUCUCACUUGACCCAACACCAACGGAGUCUCCACUGAGGCAAUCCUUGCGGGUACCCCGAGUGCGGGAAGAGCUUUGUGCACUGCUCCAGCUCCAUCCCACACGGCAGGAUCCUCGCUGGAUGAUCCCCAGUGAGCUCCGGUGGGCAGAGCCCCGCUGAGCCCUGGUGCUGCUGAUCUGUGUUGGGAACACACCUGACUGGGGGCUCCACAUCCUCUUGGCUCCCUGUGGGCACUGAGACACAUUCUCAGAUCAACAUCAGAAAUCCAUUGUGGAGAGUGGAGUUUUCAACUUCAGACCCCAGGAAACCUCACUUUGGUGGCAUCAAGCAACACUGGAUGGCCUAUGAGGUCAUCUCCAACAUAGAUCCAUAGUCUUGAAUUCUCUCUGGCCCAUGGGCAUCUUCCACAACCAAUUGGGAAUGGAUUGGGGCAAAACCCAGAAUUUUGGAGACAGUGGGGUGGAAACCCCACCAAAAGUUUCUUCCCACCCGCCUUUGGGGAGCACAUGGAUGCUCUGUUGGCAGGUACACGUAAAUCCUUUUGUUUUGGCCUUGAACUGAAAAGGUUUUUGUUCAUCCCUUUAAACCCCCUGAAACUGGGGUAAAAAUUAAGACAUUGAACUAAGGCAUGGAUGGGGACAUGUGGGAGACAAUGAAAUGGAUGGGGACAUGGGGGGACACAACCCUGGGUGGGGAUAUGGGGAGCAUGGAUGGGGACAUGAACUGGGACAGCAUCAGUGCCACCACCUGUGCCACCACAGUGCCACCAGCACCUUUACCUCAGUCAUGGCAAAGUGCUGCCCGGUGCAGUUCCUGCCACCACAUCCCCACUGUCACCACCGCAGUAUCCCAGCAGAAUGUCACCACCCACCAGGAUGGGACCAGCAUGGGGAGCUUGUUCAGCUGGUGACAAGUGACCUGGAAGCAAGUGACAGCUACCAGGGUGUCCCAGGGCCAUCACACUCAGGGGACCCCAACUGUCCCCUGAGGGGCAAGGGUCAGUGUCACCCAGGGAGUCACGUGGCCUGGUGGCAGCAUCCCCUGACAUGUCCUGGUGGCUUCAUGUGCUGACAUGUCCUGGUGGCAGUGUCCCCACAGGUGUUGUGACAUUGUCCCCUGAUGUGUGACAUGAUGUUCCUUCCCCAUGUCUCCCUGUCCCCCGUCUCUGUGUCCCACUCGCCCCUGUGUGGCACUGUCCUUGUCUCCUCCUUGUGUCCCUGCCCCCCACCCGGGCGUGGCAAAUUCUCCAAGGUCCUGGGUCCGGGUCCUGCAGGGUGUCCCUGUGUCCCUCACGGUGUCUUCUUGUCCCUCAGGAUGUUCGUGUGGCUGCACCUGAUGCUUGAGCAUCUGUACCCGCCCCAGCAUAGGUAGGGACACACCACAACACCCUGGGACACCCCAUGACAUCCCAUGAUACCCUUUGUCCUCUGAUUUUGGGUCCUUUCCCCCUCUUUAGGGUCCCUUCUCUCUACAGUGUGUGUUUUCCUUCCUAUUUUGGAUCCUUUCACCCCUGAUUUUGCAUCCUUUCCCCCAGUUUUUGAUCUUUCCCCCCUAUUCUGGAUCCCCUGUUUUGUGUCUUUUCCCCCUCUUGGGUCUUUCCCCAUUUUUUUGGAUUCUUUCCCCCUAUUUUGUGUCGUUUCCCCCGUCUUUUGUAUCCUUUCCCUCUUUUCAAUCCUUUUCCCCAAUUUUAAGUGUUCUCCCCUUGAAUUUCGUAUGUUUUUGGGUGCCUCCCCCUCCUUCAACCCACUUCCCACCCCUUAGUCCCCUCACCUCUCACUCCCUUUCCUGCAGGCGUGUCCCCAGCUGUGUCCCCAGCUGUCCCCCCCAAGCCACAUGGACUUGGUGAUCACCACCCCAAACAUGAAUUGUCACUGCUCAAAUGGACAUUGUCACCCCCUAAACAGUGGUUGUUACCUCCCAGACAGGGAUUGUCACCCCCUGUGUCCCUGUAGAAACACAGCUGCAGAGCAGGGCUCAGAGCACUGCUCAACUCAUGACUGCAGUGGAUGUACUGAGUUUGGUAGGACACAAGCCCUGGCCAGCGAAGGCAGAGCCCUGAAUGGAGAAGCAAAAGCUGUGCUCGGUGUGCUUUGUUUAGGAUAAAUCAUGCUAGACUGUACGUGCCCAUGCUGGUCUGUACAUGUCUGUGCAGAGCUCUGAUUAAGUAAUGUUACUUAGAAACACCAAUCAGGUGAUUGUGCUAUUUUUAGCUAGAGUUGAAAAGGUAUAUAAAUUGUUGUGUGAAAUCAAUAAAUCAGCUUCAUGCUUGC